CGAAAAAAUCGGACCCAUUACAUCGGAUUUCGGGAAAGCAGGGUCUGUUGCGGGUCUGCUGGUACGAUCUGCUGCGGGUCUGUUGGUACGAUACAGGCGCGGGGCAGGUGCGAAGCAAAUUUGUUAUUGUUAGCUGGUGCUAAAAGUUUGUUUUGUGCACCCUAAAAGUGUAAAAACAGAGGUAACUGUGUGCUGCUAUAUAGCUAACAGCAUUGUUUUCACUCUCAAUCCGUUCACUGUUCACCAAGCCACCAUGUUUCUUGUUCGACACUGUGAGAAAAAGUUAGUAAGUGUAUGCAAACAAAAUAGACUACUUUCAACAACUUCUAAAUGUUUAGCAGCAGGGAUUAAUGAUAAAUUGUAUGGACUUACAGAAGACCAGCAAAAUUUUCGGCAAACAGUCUUUGACUUUUGUCAAAAGGAACUUGCUCCACAUGCAGACAAGAUUGAUAAAGAUAAUGGUUGGGACGAUUUAAGGGAGUUUUGGAAGAAAGUUGGGCAUAUGGGACUGCACGGAAUAACUGUUCCUGAGAAAGAUGGUGGAUUGGGCUUGGGGUACUUUGAGCAUGUUAUUGCUAUGGAAGAAAUCAGUAGAGCGGCUGGUGGUAUUGCUUUAAGUUAUGGUGCUCAUUCCAAUCUUUGCAUUAACCAGAUUGCUAGAAACGGUAACGAAAAACAAAAACAGAAAUAUUUGCCAAAACUAAUAAGUGGUGAACAUUUUGGUUCGUUAGCCAUGAGCGAUGCUGAGUCAGGUUCUGAUGUCGUCUCCAUGAAAAUUCGCGCUGAUAAAGAUGGUGACCAUUAUGUAUUGAACGGUCAUAAAUUCUGGAUCACUAAUGGACCGGAUGCCGACGUGUUAGUUGUUUAUGCAAAAACAGACCGAGACGCGAAGCCCGAACAUGGAGUGACGACGUUUCUAGUUGAACGCGGUAUGGAAGGCUUCUCCACCAUGCCGAAACUUGAUAAACUUGGCAUGAGAGGAUCAAACACGUGUGAACUAGUAUUCGAUAACUGUAAGGUUCCUGUUGAAAAUAUAAUGGGAGAAGUAAACAAAGGGAUCUAUGUUUUGUUUAGUGGUCUAGAUUUGGAACGUUUAGUUUUAGCAGGUGGUCCACUUGGAUUAAUGCAAGCGACAAUCGAUCAUGCUUUUCCUUACGUACAUAUGCGAAGGCAGUUUAAUAAGCCUGUAGGUCACUUUCAGUUAAUGCAAGGAAAGAUUGCGGAUAUGUAUGUUGAUUUAUCCGCUUCCCGUAGUUACGUAUACACAGUCGCCAAAGCAGUUGACAAUGGACAUUUCAGUAGCAAAGACUGUGCAGGAUGUAUCUUAUAUACUGCAGAAAAAGCCACGCAGGUUGCCUUGCAAGGCAUUCAGUGUUUGGGUGGUAAUGGUUAUAUCAACGAUUACCCUUUAGGUAGAUUUUUACGUGAUGCGAAGUUGUACGAGAUUGGUGCGGGAACGAGCGAAAUAAGACGGUGGUUGAUUGGACGUAGAUUGAAUGAGGAAUAUCAAGCUUAGAUUUUUUUGUUUCGCAUAUUUUUUAAAUAUCGAUGUAACAUUUUUAAGCAUGACAAAAUCUAAAUUUCAAUUUUUUGGAGAAAUUUUGUUUUAUUUUAAACUUGAUAUAUUGAGUAGUUUUUCUCUAAUGCGGAAAUUUUUUCUUUGAUGCGGAAAUUUUUCUUUGAUGCGGAAAUUUUUUAGUGAUUUGGAAAUUAUUUGUUUAUCUAAUUAGCAGAGAUUGAAAUUUUUGAAUAAAAAAGAGCUGAACAAAAAAUAAGAAUAACUUAAGAACUAAAACAAAAAUAAACAUCUGUCGAUAUACAUCUUUUAAAUUUUAUGCGAUGAAUUUUGAUGUAGAUGGGCACACUAACCUAAUUGAUCAAGCAACACACGAGGUUGGCCUUUUCAAGUAAAAAAUCAACCUCUUAGGGCUUUUUGUCUUUAACCGGCUCCCUAGAUUCGUGAUUGGAAAAAAGUUUUGCGUUGGUUAUAAAAGGGAAUUUUGCAAAAAUUAAUUUUUGCGGAUAUUUAUAUUAUAAUACUCGCCGUUCGGUAGCUGCGAAUGGUGCCCGACGAAUUUUGUUGAAUUUUUGUCGCGAUAACAAGUAGUAAUUAAAAAAGAUUUCCCAUAAAACAGUCUUAGAUAGGAGAUUUCCCAGAUCAAAUCUGAGAUUUCUGAAAAAAGCCGGAUGUCUCGGGGGAAAAAUCAUAAUAUGUCAUUCUCAUUCCCAGGACUCUUUGAGAUAAACCUCGAAAGUUUAGUCAAAGAGAACUGUGGACGAUAUUGAUAAUUUUUAUUUGAUAACAUUUGAUAAUAAAUUAUACUUUUUCAUAUUUAUGUGUAGUAACAGCUACCUAACGCGAAUCUUUAAAGGAUACUGAAACUUUUUUAAGUGAAAAUUCAACUAACCCGAGUGCUUGAUAACCUCGAAAUUUAGAAAAUUUAAGAGAAGAGUUUAAGUUUGCGAUAGUUUCUUACCUACUCCCCUAGAGUAGGUGAAGGACGGAACAUGAUUUGGGGAACUUAUAAUCCUUCUCUUUUAAGCAAUUAAGUUGGGGGCAAGACCUUGUAUUUUUAUAAAGCAGCUAUUUAAACAACAGACAGAAAUAAAUCCUAAUCUAUUUAGUAUCGAUCUAAAAUCGCAAAAUUUUAGCACCAGGGGCUUACUUCGUUCUUAAGGCGUUUUUACCUUUUGAAUUUGACAGUUCCUCCAGCCAUCAAGUAAAUGUUUCAUGGUAAAUUUAUCGCAUUGUUAUUUUUAUCACGUUUUUAAAAAGUGAAUACUAAUUUGUAUUAAAUAGUAGCCUAGUUACACCCAAAAAAUUGUAGUUUUAGAAUUCGGGUUAAAGAGCUCACGACGUUUUUAAUAUUCUAAUUUUAAUCCCGUGUCUAUCUAUGUAACAUACAUACAAAAUAUUUAACACGGACAAAAAUAAAUUGACAUUAAAAUACAAAAAAAUAACAUAUAUUUCCAUGUCACGACUUAAAGCAAACUCGUUUCCAGGCCAUUUUGCCUUUUUGAUUAAUUGGAUAGCGCAACUAAUUUUGGGCCAAGAGACCCUGGGGACUAGGACGGACUUAAACAUGAUAGUUCAUAUGUCAAGUUCAUUCUUGUGCCCAGAGCUGUUUGAGGACGAAAGUGAGUCAAUCUUUUUCUAGUCUAUCUAUGUAUCCAAACGACACAAAAGGGAAUGGGACAAAGAAAACAAUAAAAGAUAAAAUUGAAAUUAAAAUUACGUAAAACUUCGUUCCCAGGAUAUUAUAUAAUAAUAAAGUGAGUGUUUAUUUAAGGUCUGGAAUUAAAGUUAUAUAAAGUAUUAUAAAUGUGAAAAGCUAUAAAAAUGUUUGUGAUAAAAUUAAUGUUUUUUCUGAUGUGAAUGAUGUUUUGCUUUCUUAUUUUUCUUAUUUUUCUUUUGCCUCUUCUUCUUCUUCUUCUUUCGAUAAUUAGCGCCUCGUUUACGCUUCAUUAUUUUAUUUUUUCGGUUCUUCCAUUUUGCUUUAUGAAAAUGACGAACACUAGAUUUUUUUUGCACUGUUGUAGUGUUUUUAUGUUUGUGUUCUAAAGAUUUUUUAGUAUGAUGUUCCACUGCUUUAGCACCUGUUAUAUCGAUUGUUAUUUGUUUUUGCAAUUCGUCACUUAUUUUACUAUCUGGUCUUUUGGGUAUGAUGGACAACUUGGUUAUUACAUUGUUUAUUUUGUUUUCCAUUCGCUCCAUAGUUUUUUUUAUUUGCUUAUUAGAUACAUGAUUUUUCUCGAAGGCAAUUUGCAUUCGUUUAAGUUCUUUCAUGGUGGGUGAGGCCACUCUGCUAUUUGGAUUAACAUCGAAUUCUGCUUCCAUAAAUUUAGUAGGUUUAACCACUGUUUGGUGAAUAUUUUCUGACGAUUCUUUCCAACGAAUGCCAGAUUUCUCCGUUAAUAACCCAUUAUUUUUCCCAUUAUUUUUCAUAUCUGCAGUAUUUAAGAACAUGUUGGCCGUAGCUAUGUUUUUUGUAGAAUCCUGAUCUGGUUCUUCAUCUGCGUUGCUUUCAGCUCCGUGUAACAUGCGCAUAGCAUUGCUACUAAGUUUACUUGUUAAGUGACCACUAUGAAAUUUGCUGGUUUUUAUUUCAUGUGCUUGAUGAUCGUCUAUUUCGGGUUGGUCUACAAUACUAAGAUAGGCAUUUUGUUUCAGCGCUGCAAUGGCAUCGUUUAUACUUUUAUAUCUUUCUUCAGAUUUUCUUAAUUCUUCUUCGGCUCGUUCAAUCGAUGAUUUGCCGUAGUGGCUGGCAUGUUUCCAAGCUUCCGAAGAUUUUUCAAAUUUUGGCUUGCCAAUAUUUU